AUGAGCGGGGUGCUGUCAGGGGUAACCACAUCUGUCAACCGUUCUUGGCCAAUAAAGAGCGGAGCGAGGCGGACCACAGGUGCGCGCCUCUGCGUCCCCUUGGCACAGCGCCCGGGAGAUGCUGGAGAGAGACGCUUUGCUGCCCCGUGGCGCAAAAGAGUUACUGUCAAAGACAGCCUCCUUUUAACUCCGGCUAUCACUCUGGCUCCGAUAGUUAUGGCGACCGCAACGUCCAACCACUACAGCGUCCUCACCACCCCAAGCAGCGCGCCGCCGCCGCACUCGGAGUCCGGGAGCAUGCAGCAGGCGGCAGCGUACAGGGACGCGCACACCCUGCUCCAGAACGACUACAGCACGUUGCCGGGCGGUGGACAUCCUCUCAGCCACGCGCACCAGUGGAUAACGGCGCUGUCGCACGGUGACAGCGGGGCGCCCUGGCCACCUAGUCCCCUCGGAGAACAGGACGUGAAGCCCGUGCUGCACGACAGUGACCGAGAGGAGCUGCAGAACUCCAGCAAUCUGCAGCAACAGCAACAGCAGCAGCAGCAGCAGCAGCAGCAGCAACAGCGACACCCUCACCUAGCGCACCAGCAGGCGCAUCACGACGCCAGAGCAUGGCGAACCAGCACAGCCACCACGCACAUCCCCGGUAUGGCGACGUCUGAGGGCCAGAGCCUGGUGUAUUCCCAGUCCGGCUUCGGCCUGAUGCCGGGGGGAGAGCAAGGGGCGAUGCACCACCACCCCCUUCGGGACGAGGACCACCACAGCCACAGUCCGCAUCUCAGCGAUCACGGAGGCGGCCCCGGGGCCCACCAGCAGUCUCUCUCGCACCAUCACCAGCACGGGGGCCACCAGGACCAGUCGGACGAAGACACGCCGACCUCGGACGAGUUGGAGCAGUUCGCCAAGCAGUUCAAGCAGCGGCGCAUCAAGCUGGGCUUCACCCAGGCGGACGUGGGACUGGCUCUCGGGACGCUGUACGGGAACGUCUUUUCUCAGACCACCAUUUGCAGGUUCGAGGCGCUUCAACUCAGCUUCAAAAACAUGUGCAAACUCAAGCCCUUGUUGAACAAGUGGCUGGAGGAGGCGGACUCCACCUCGGGGAGCCCCACGAGCCUGGAUAAAAUCGCGGCGCAGGGGAGGAAAAGGAAAAAGAGGACCUCCAUCGAGGUGGGCGUCAAGGGGGCUCUGGAGAGCCAUUUUCUCAAAUGUCCAAAGCCCGGAGCGGCGGAGAUCACCUCACUCGCGGACAGCCUGCAGCUGGAGAAGGAGGUGGUGCGGGUCUGGUUCUGUAACCGGCGGCAGAAGGAGAAGAGGAUGACACCGGUUGGGGGACAGAUGCCAGGGGGAGAGGACAUGUACGGGGACACCCCUCCUCACCACGGAGGACAAACUCCCGUGCAGUGACCUCAGUUGUGCAGGGCAGGACACGGACCCCUCGCGGAGGUGUAAUCCCUCCUCAUUUGUUUGACUCUCUGUGUGCAGGACCGCUCGGAACUGGACCUCGGCCCAGUUUUCACACGUUGGACCCACACGGACACACGCGGCGGGGAUAUACACACGCGGUGGCACUGAAAUUACGCAUAGCAGAGAGCAGCUGCGCGGAAGAGGCUUCACGCCGUGGAACUGCCAAGCAUAUUGGGAUACAUACGGCUGGCGGGGGCUCGCUCCCCCCCCCCCCCCCAAAAAAAAAAAACAAAACGAGGGAGGAAAAAAAUCACAGCGACAUUGAGACGAUUAUGCUUUUCUUUUACCUGCUACCGGGGCAGCCGGUGUGUCAUUGUGUAACGUGUCAUUUGAAGAGAGGCACGAGGGCGCGAUGUGGACACGGGGUGUCCGCGGGGGGGAACAUGGACACACGCUCCGAGGCACGAUGUUACGUCGCAGUGAGAGUGGGUAAAUACACGCCAUCUUCCCAUCAUAACAAAAGCAACAGGGGCUCUUCGCAGCGUGUGGCUGAGGGGGGCUGAGAUGGCAGACACCUGCUGUACAGUGUUACAAAGGAGAGCCAAUACCAGCCAAUCACUAUUGUUAUUAUUUUAUUAUUAUUAUUUGUAUUAUUAUUAUUAUUAUUAUUAUUAUUAUUAUAUAGUCGUCAGAAUCAAUCAAAUAUCGGAUGCAUUGAUUCUUGUCUUGUGUCAAAUGCCAAAUCCAAUCCACCAUUUAUAUGAUAUUAUGUACGUUUACAUUUUACUUUGCUUAAAAUGGUAAAAAAAAAAAAAAUCUCUCUCAUCACUAAAUAAUAAUAAUAAAAAUAAUAAUAACACUAAUAGUAAUAAUGAGGAUUUUUUAUCAUACCACACAGACUGAGUAUUGGUUCAAUUUAAUGCUUCUCUCGUGUGCAGAUAUUUUCUGGGGGCCUGUUUACAGUGCGUGUUUUUGCUGUUUAUUAUGUUAUUUCUGUUUUUGUUUUUGUUUUGUUUUUCCAAAAUGCUGUGACGAUAAAGACCGAGACUGUCCGGCUGGAACACUCAAAGCAAUCCAGCCCAUUUCGCCUUCCUUUCCUAAGAAGAAGAAGAAAAA